GCUUUCGCAACGUUGAACUGUUUUCUGAUCCUUCUUGUCACCGAAAUGUUCGGCUUCACAGAUUUGAUGCACACUGUAUUGCUUUUAAUACAAGUAGAUGGUUCCACACCGUCGGAUCAGAUCAUGAAAAGUUUGAUGUUUUGGAAGCUUUUACAUGUCAAGUUACUUCAUUCUGUUCUCAGAAACAAGCAUGGUUCUUCUCCUCAUUCCGCAGGUUCCUCUUCUAUGAAAGGCUUCAUCUCUUGGCGUUGGAGUUCCUCGAAUCCACUGACCUCCCAUCUCCUCGAGGACCCAUCUCCAGAAAACAGAUGCUUUUGUUUGAUCCCAAGUCAUUUUAAGAUGUAUCAGACCGUGGUUCUAUAUUGUAUAGCUGUAGUGAAGCAUCAAUGGCUUCUUUUCUACAUUGAGUCUGGCUUCGAUUCAAGUCUGAAGAACUCUUAGGAAGAUUAGAAGAGAUGGGAUGUUCUACUUCGAAGCUGGAAGAUGAAGACGCCGUCCGUCUCUGCCGUGACAGGAAAAACUUCAUCAAGCAAGCUAUCGAGCAUAGGAACCAGUUUGGUUAUGGCCACAUUGCAUACAUAGAAUCGCUGUUGAGAGUCUCCCAGGCUCUCCGCGAUUAUGCUGCGGAUGAUGAGCAUCAUUUCUUCUUGACUGCUUGCAGAAGUAUUCCAUCACAGCCUGCUAGAAGAUUAAGCCCGGAGAUCGUCAUGGUUCCUAAGCAAUCCUUUCCGCCACAGCAAAAGCAGUCCGAGAGAAGCACCUCCUUUUUUGCAGUAAACCACAUGAAGGCAGGAUGGAAUCCAUCGAUUUCAGUGGAGCAAUGGCCUGAGACACCGGAAACUGUGAGAACAGAAUACUAUUACCCUACAGGACAUUAUGGUGUUGAAGGCUAUACUCCCGCAGAGGCUCCAACCACGGACUCAUCAUUCUUCUCCUCAUCAUAUGCAAGACCAAAAUAUCCACCAGCAUCGCCCCAGGCUUCACAAUCGGACAUCUUCUGGAACCCUUUCUCAUCUUUGAACACCGAUUUGUAUGCCUAUGGAAACAGUUCUGAAGAUGUUCUGCUCGAUGAAGAUGCUGAUAGGCUAAGGAAGGUCAGACAGGAAGAAGGGAUACCUGACCUGGAAGAAGAAGAAGAAGAAGAUGAUGAUGAUGAUGAUGAGGGAAUUCAGAAUGUACAGAUGAAGGAAGAAGGUUCCAGGAUUCAUCCAAAGCCAACUGCAAAGCCAGUUGCUAGUGAACAAACAGCUGAUGUCAGUAGGAAGAAUGACAAAGUGAAUGAAAUAAAGGAGUACCGAUCACAAGGUGGGCAGAGUACUGAAGUAUCAGAAACUCGAAAUGCAGUAGAACAUGAGGUUAACAAUGGUCCGGAAAUUGUUGGGAAUGGAAAUGGAAAUUAUGGAACACAUGAAACUCCUGGUUUCACUGCAUAUGUAAACAGAAGACCGACUAGCAUGGGAGAGGUCAUGGAGAAUGUUGAGGCCCAAUUUGUCAUACUUUGUGAUUUUGCUAAUGAGCUCUCUUUAAUUCUGGAAGCCAGCAGGGUUCAGCCCUCUUCUUCCCCGCUAGAAUCUUUUAGGAUGUUGAAUCCAGCUGCUUUGCUUCGUUCAGCAUCAUCAUCACGCUCAUCAUCAUCUAGGUUUCUUCAAGUUUCAUCUGGUCGUACUAACGAUGCCUAUGAAAGCAGCAACAAUGACAUCGAGGAAUCUUGUACGGUAUCUCGAAGCCACAAGUCAACAUUAGAGAGAUUAUAUGCAUGGGAGAAGAAGCUAUAUGAGGAAAUAAAGUGUGGGGAACGUGCACGAAUAGAUUAUGAAAAGAAAUGCAUGCAGCUGAGGAUUCAUGAUAUCAAUGGGGAAGAGCCUUUUGUUGUCGAUAAGACUAGAGUAGCUAUAAGAGAUCUCCAAACUCGGCUCAGGGUUUCCAUAAGUUCUGUCGAGUACAUAUCAAAAAGAAUUGAGGCAUUACGGGACCAGGAAUUGCACCCGCAGGUUAUGGAGUUGAUCCAAGGGUUAGCAAGGAUGUGGAGGACCAUGGCAGAGUGCCAUCGGUGUCAAAAGCGCACGGUAGACGAGGCCAAGCUCCUGCUGUUCUCGCCCUCCGCCGCCGCCGUACCCGUCGGCGUACCGUUGCCGAGGGCCUCUCGCGUCGCCGCUGCGCUCGAGGCGGAGCUCCGGAACUGGACCUCUCGCCUCGCGGCCUGGGUCCAGGCCCAGCGGUGCUACGCCCGCGCCCUCGCCGGUUGGAUCCGCCGGUGCGCCCCGCCGACCCUUGACGCCACGGCCCCGACCCCCAGUCGCUCUGGCGGCGGACCGGCUCCACCGGUCUACACCACCUGCGUGCGGUGGUCGCGGCUAAUGGAUUCGGUGAGCGAGGCGGCGGCGAUCGAGGGGCUGGAGAUGUUCGUGGCGGGGGUGGCGUCGAUGGUGGCCGGGCAUAAGCGGGAGGAGGAGGAGGUUGAGGAUCCUAGGCGGGCGGCGGAGCUGGGGGCGAAGGUGGUGUGCGCGGGGCUGGCGGUGUCUGUGGGAGCGUUGGCCGACUUAGCCGCGAACUCCGCGGAAGGGUACGAGGAGCUGGUGAGGACGCUGCCCUCCGGUUGA